CAAAAGGACAGUGGCCGAAUACCAACUGCUGCACGACAAGGGGAAGUCGAUGCAAGAUAUCCGAAGGCGCCACUUCCUGCAAAACCUAAUCGAAGGGGUGAACACGGCCGAGAUCCGAGCUGUCUCAGAGGUAUCGCCAAACCCGAAACCUGCGGUGGUCCCUGCCAAAAGCUACCCUCUCCGCUUCGGCGUGGACGACGAAGGCAAAAACCUGACCCAGGAGACCAACAAGACGCAACCGUACAAGGAGCAGCCCCUGAAGACCCCAGGAAAGAAGAAAAAAGGGAAGCCCGGGAAACGUAAGGAGCAAGAGAAGAAGAGGAGGAGGAUCCGUUCAGCCUGGCUCAGCUUGAAAGGGUCCGGCAGCGGAAUGGACAUCUUGGGUGUUGCACCUGUUAAGACAAGGAGGCGUUGACAUCCUCCGCUAAGAUUUUUUUGGAAAACUUACUCAACUGUUCUGUAAUUGUGAACAUAUGGAAAGUAUUUAUUAUCUGUAAAUAUUGUAAAUGAUUCAAAAUAAAACCUUGGCCGCAGAUGUUCUCCAAAGCUGCACAUUUGAACAUUGUGAAUACUGGGGAGGGAAAUUUUGUACUUGUUGUCACAUUUACCAUAAUUUAUUGUGUUGAAUAAUGUAUUUAUUUCCAUGAACUUUUAUCUUGGUGCUGCUGACUUUCUAUCUAUCUAUCUGUCUAUCUAUAUAUAUAUAUAUAUUGUAACAUAAUGCACUUUAGAUAUACAUUAUGUCUUAUGUUGGUAAGACAUAAAUAAACUACUCCUGGUUUUGGAUUGGA